GCGCUUUGAAGGCUCAAUAGACCUUAGGCUACAAGAUGGAGAGUUGCCCUAACUCAUCCUUAUAUCCCUUUCCCAUCAGAUUUGAGUAUGGGAUUUCCUAAUUAGAAUUCCUAAGUUCAUUUUAUUCUGCAAGUCUUGAGGGCAAGUGUCAAACUGUUGAAUAAAUGCCCAUGAAAAGAAGGGGGAAAAAAUUCUAUACAUUAUCAACUUGUCGACGUUUUUUCCAUCAAGUAAUAUAAUUUGAUUAAAUUUGUUUGACAAUUUAAGUUCACUUGAAGUUAGUGCCUUCUUGGUAAAGUUUUUGUUGGUUCCUUUUGUUUAACUACGGUAAUAAUAUGCAGGACUUCAAUGCAAAGCUUUCAGACUUUGGACUGGCGAAGGAUGGACCAAUGGGAGACCAGACACAUGUGUCAACGCGGGUAAUGGGUACAUAUGGAUAUGCUGCACCUGAAUAUGUAAUGACUGGGCAUUUAACUGCUCGGAGUGAUGUUUAUGGUUUUGGAGUAGUGCUGCUUGAAUUGCUUCUCGGACGGAGGGCCUUAGACAAGGGUAGACCUAGCCGAGAACACAACCUGGUUGAGUGGGCCCGACCACUUUUGAACCACAAUAAGAAGGUUCUAAGGAUCUUAGACCCUAGAAUGGAAGGGCAGUAUUCAGUUAAAACUGCAAAGAAAGUAACCAAUUUGGCAUACCAAUGCCUUAGCCAAAAUCCAAAAGGGAGACCUCUGAUGAGCCAGGUGGUUGAAUUACUUGAAGGUGUUCAGUCAAAGGAUGAAGAUGAAAUGUUUCAAACCAAUGAGAAAGGUGUUACCCUUUACGAGGAUUCAGGGCUUUCCUCUUGUACUCCAGAGACGAGAAAUCCAGAUACAGGUAAUGGAAGGCGCAAACCGGCAAAUGGAAGAAGCAACAGCGAGCCCUCAACCGAGUGUGAUCUUUAUAACCCUUGCUCCGAUUUUGCAGUCUCGAGUCCAGUGAGAAGCUAGCAUCGCAUCAUUGAACUUUUAUAAAUAUGGAUGGAAGUUGAAAUUGUAAGAAAUGUAUCAAAUAUUCACCUUAUUCCCUUUCCCUUUCUAAAACAAAAUUAUUUCAAACAAGUGCCUUCUAUAAUUACAUACAAAGUACAAUGUCUGUCUUAUUAA